ACCAAGUUGUGCCUGUUCAGAAUCGUUGACAGAACAAGGAACAAGAACGAAACAAGCCAAAGGCAAAUAGAAGAGAACAAUAUCUUCGGCUCACUCCUAAUCUUCUGUUACUUAUUAUUGUGACCUAAUUUCAAAUGGAGAUGGCUCAGUGGCACCAGCUUCAGAUGCUGGACUCCAAGUACCUGGAGCAGGUGGACCAGCUGUACGAUGACUCGUUCCCCAUGGACAUCAGAGAUUACCUGAGCAAGUGGAUUGAGAGCAUUGACUGGGACUUGGUGGCAGGUCAAGAAUCGUUAGCGAUCGUUCGCUUUCACGACCUCCUGGCCCAGCUGGAUGACCAGCACAGCCGCUUUGCUCUGGACAACAACUUCCUACAGCAACACAACUGUCGCAAGAUCAAGCGGAACCUGCAGGAUAGAUUCCAGGACGACCCGGUGCACAUGGCCAUGAUCAUCUCAAAGAACCUGAAGGAUGAGCGCAUGAUCCUUGCCUGCGCAAAGAGCGCCAUGGAAGUUGAGGGAACAGCAUCAGCAUUGGUGGUGGAGAAACAGAAGCUGGGCAGCAAAGUGAAGGAGAUGAGGGACAAAGCUCUGGUGGCAGAUCAAACCAUAAAAACCUUGGAAGAUCAGCAGGAUGAAUACGACUUCAAGUUCAACACGCUGAGGAACAGAGAGAACGAACUUAAUGAUAUGAUGCCAAAGGAACUGGAGAGGGAGAAGAUGAUCAUCACUAGGAUGUGCUUGGAUCUGAAAUCAAAACGGCAGGAUGUGGUGCUCCAGUUGAGCGACCUCCUAAAUGUAACUCAAGCGUUAGUGUCCAACCUGAUCAAUGAGGAGCUGCCCGAGUGGAAGCAGCGACAGCAGAUUGCCUGCAUUGGCGGGCCGCCCAACGCCUGCCUGGAUCAGCUGCAGAACUGGUUCACCACGGUAGCAGAGACUCUUCAACAGUUUCGCCAGCAUCUGAAGAAGCUGCAAGAAUUGGAGCAGAAGUUCACGUACGAAUGCGACCCCAUCACCCAAAAGAAAGACUUCCUCGAGGUCCGAGCCCUGGAUCUGCUAAAGAACCUCCUCUCCAACGCUUUGGUUGUGGAGAGGCAGCCCUGCAUGCCCACCCACCCUCAGAGGCCACUGGUGCUGAAAACCGCCAUUCAGUUCACAGUAAAACUGCGGUUCCUGGUGAAGCUGCCAGAGUUUAAUUACCAGCUCAAAGUCAAGGCGGUGUUUGACAAGGAUGUGACAGACAAGAAAGGGUUCCGAAGGUUCAACAUUUUGGGAACGAACACCAAAGUCAUGAACAUGGAGGAGUCUAAUGGGAGCUUGGCAGCAGAGUUCAGACAUCUGCAAUUAAAAGAGCAGAAAGUAGCAGGAAACCGAAAUAGUGAGGGUCCGCUGAUCGUCACAAAGGAGCUUCACUCGCUGAGCUUUGAGUCAGAGCUGCAGCUCAGCCAGUCUGGAACUAAGAUAAAGCUGGAGGCUCUGUCUCUGCCUGUGGUGGUGAUCUCCAACGUGUGCCAGCUGCCCAGCGGCUGGGCCUCCAUUCUGUGGUACAACAUGCUGACCAGUGAACCCAAGAAUCUGCAGUUCUUCCUGUCACCCCCGGCAGCCAAGUGGUCUCAGCUCUCCGAAGUUCUCGGCUGGCAGUUCUCCUCUGUCACCAAGCGAGGCCUGAGCCUAGAGCAGCUCAACAUGCUGGCGGACAAGCUGCUGGGUUCCAAAGCUCAGAGGAACCCAGAUGGGCUAAUUCCUUGGAUCAAGUUCUGCAAGACACAAAAUGCCAGCGAGAAAGUUUUUCCCUUCUGGUUAUGGAUUGAAGGCAUCCUGGAUCUGAUCAGAAGACACCUGCUUUUCCUCUGGAACGACGGCUUCAUCAUGGGCUUCAUCAGUAAGGAGCGCGAAAAGGCUCUGCUGAGCGACAAGUGUCCAGGCACCUUCUUGCUCAGGUUUAGUGAGAGCAGCAAAGAAGGAGCAAUUACCUUCACUUGGGUCGAACAUGACAUGCACAACAAGCCCAUCUUCCACUCAGUGGAGCCGUACACAAAGAAAGAUCUGAGUGCCGUCUCACUGCCCGACAUCAUCCGCACCUACAAAGUGAUGGCAACCGACGACAUCCCUGAUAACCCGCUCCGCUUCCUCUACCCAGACAUCCCAAAAGAUGUGGCCUUUAAGAAGUACACCAAAAACUCUGAGUCUACAGAGCCCAUGGACGUGGAAAACGCAGGGAAGAGCGGCUACAUGAAGACUGAGCUCAUAUCUGUCUCCGAAGUACACCCGGCCAGGCUCCAAGAGAAAAUGAUGCCCAUGUCGCCCGACGUCUACAGGUUUUUGGAGCAGUCGGUCUGCCCUGCGGACCUUGAUGGGAUGACGGCAGACUUCGAGGGUUAAUAAUGAGCUGUUCUGUCCCGAUUCGUUCAUUCAAAGAACUUUGUUAUUCGUAAGGUCAUUUUAUUUCUAAAUACUGUCUAAAAGAGAAUGUGUGCAAAUGAGAGAAAAAGUGUAUAAAAAUAGCUUGCCAAAAAUCUCAAAAUCUGUUCAACAUAUGUAGCAAUUAAUACACUAUAAAAAUGUGUCAUGAAAUAUUGUUUCAAAGUAAUAAUAAUUAUUAACAAUCAUAAGUCACUGAUGGUGUAGAAGUACGCUCACCUUACGGAUGUGAUGCUCAGUGAUGGAUGUGAUUGUAGUGUGAAUGGUUGUCCUGAGAUUUUUGGCGACCAGUCCAGGGUGUUUUCUGCCUUUUUGCCCAAAGUCAGCUGGGAUCGGCUCCAGCACACCUGCAACCCUGAGGAGGAUAAGCAGGAUGAGAAAUGGUUGUUAGCUAUUCCGAGGCGCGUUUUACCAAAUGAAAGAAGGUGGGAAACAUGGAAAUAAGAGAUUUUCUUUUUCUUCUCCUUUCUUGCCUUGCCACCCCAACAACACGGGCCAUGUCAAGUUCCUUGAUUUAUGUCACAAAAGAUAUACUGUACAGCAGGGGUGUCCAAACUUUUUGCAAAGAGGGCCAGAUUUGGUCAGAUGAAAAUGUAUGGGAGCCGACCAUUCGGCCUGACAUUCCUCGAACCAUUAACAUUGUAAAUUAACAUGUAAAUAUUUAACUAUAUCACUUUGCUGUCUGCAGCUAGGUCGAUAUUGCAAAUGAGAAUCUGUUUUCAAUUGCAUUACCAGGAUAGUUAAAGGUUAAAAUAAUAAUAAAUUAAAUACAAAUUAACUAUUUUAUAAAAGUUGACUGACAUUUUUUGAAACAUGUAUUUAUUGAUUUUGUUUUAACAAAUCACAUCCCAGUGCAUUUUGACAAAGAAUAGUAUAAUCCCCCUCCAUUCUAAACGCACUUUCCCAGCUUUCUCUGCCACUGUCUUCUUGCAAUCCUGGAGGGAUUCUCCCGGGAUCCUCUUCAGCUUCGUCAUCACGACCAUGUGAUGGCACCCACGCCUUUAAAACGGGUCCCCUUGAUCACCCCCAUGAGCUUGGGAAAAAGGAAAAGAAAUCACAUGGGGUCAGACUGGAUAAGUAGGGAGGUUGCUCCAGCACUGCCAUGUUCUUCUCAGCCAGGAACUCUCAAUGCUUAGGGCAUUGCUGGCAUGCAUGAGUUGUCCCCAUUUUGUUACCUCAAAAACCCAUCAUCAACGGUGGGUGCGGAAGAUUUCUAAAUCAAAUAGACCUAGCGAGACCACUGGUUAAGUGAAUGUUAUAUUUGCGUUUGCCUUCUAGCGUGGAAUUAAAAAGCCACAUGACAUGGGGGAGGAAGGAUUUCCCCAAUCUGUCAGUGGAACAGAGCAGUGACGGAGCCUGUCAGUGAAGUUGCUCCUCUACCUUGAAAUGGUGCUGAGCAGUGGUUGCUAUGGGAUUGUCCAUAAUGGACAGAAGCUUGUUCAGUGUCCUCACUACUACAUGUCAGCCCACUUUUCUCCUCAGUUUAGCCAGUGUUGUGUGUAGUUUUUUUUAAAUCGUUAAGCUUUUGGGUCACCCCUCGUGUCCCAAGCAGCUGCUGAGUUCGCUUAACCUCAGAUUUGACAUUUCGCAUCAGCAAUUUUUUCCUCAACAAACAAACCACAACCCAAAGCAGAGAACAAAUUGUCAAAUUGUUUAAUAUAUAUUUAAUCUGUGAGAACAUUUCCUGAAAUCGAUACAUCCAGUCACAGCAGCAACAACUAACACAGACAGAGGUGGCAAUCAGCUCAAGUCUAUAUGACCUUCUGGUCUGGUAAAUGUGUCAUAAAUAUUGCAGUUAUUGUGCUUCUACAUUGUUUUGAUUGAUUCAAGACAUUGUCAUGUCUUUCAUCAUCCAAAACACACAACCCUGACCAUUUUUAUAGUUUUGCAUGGAGCUUUUCAAAUUUGGCCAACACCUUCCUGAGUUGUCUCCAGAAGAAACAGUUUCCCAAAUUUCAUGUGAUACUUAACAAUCUGUGCUACAAAUAUGUAAAA